AUCAACUGCUUUUGAAAAUGAAUGUACAUUUGAAGUUAUUGCAUUGGUGCUGUUCAGAUGAGAGAAGAAGAAGCCUAAUUGUUGUGAAUUGCAUAAGAAUCAAAUUUACCUUUCUUACUGCAGAUAAGACGGAUAAGAAAUCUGUGUUAACCUGGGACAAGCGACUCCAAAUGGCAUUAAGUGUUGCCACAGGUCUUGAUUACUUGCAUGCUGGUUGCAACCCGCCAAUAAUUCACAGGGAUGUGAAAACAACCAAUAUCCUUUUGGAUGGAAACAUGGAAGCAAGGCUGGCAGAUUUUGGAUUGUCUAGAGCCAUUUAUGCUGAAAAUGUACAUGUAUCGACUCUUGUUGCGGGUACAACAGGAUACAUAGACCCAGAGUAUUACAACACGGGAAAACUAACAACAAAGAGUGAUGUUUACAGCUUCGGUGUAGUUCUUUUUGAGCUCUUAACUGGACGUCCUGUUCUCUUCUCUGAAAAUGGACUGCUAACUAGCGUUGUCAAAUGGGCGAAAACAAUUAUACAAUAUGGAGAUUUUCAUAGGAUCAUCGAUCCUAACCUUAGAGGACAGUAUGAUGCCGACUCGAUGUGGAGCGUUAUAGAACUUGCUAUUGCAAGUUUGCAAGUGUCUGGCGAUAGGAGGCCUACAAUGCAAAAGAUUGUUACUGAACUGGCGGCAGCUAAAAACCAAGAGAUACGUCGCCUUGGAAUUGGAAUUCCUAUUGCUGGAGAGGGAUCGGCACUAUCAGAAUUUUCGAUGGAGUAUACCACAUAUGUGGAAACAGAUGCUGCACCUAAGGCACGGUAGUAUGAAAUGGCAUGUGGUACCUAAGCCUACAAUCAAGAUCUGUUUCUGCUAAAACUCGUGGUAUUUCUAGUACAGCCUUCACUCUGCUAUGUAUUGUGAAAAGCGCUGCUUCAAACUCUGUUUUACCAUUUUGUUUGCUUCUUUUGGUUUUGCAUUUUAUGUUUAUGUACAGGCUACAGCAGUACAGGUAAAGUAAGAGUGACUGUGUAAAGAUCUGCACAGUUUAUACUUCGAUACAGUGUUGAACUUGGAGUUUAUAUGCAACAUAGACAAUUAAAAUGAUG